AAGGAUGGUGUAUACCUUGCGCAGGAAAUCUUUCCCGGGGAGAGAGAAUAAAUAGAUAAGACAGCUAAGUAGGCUUAUUGAAAUCAUGAUUUAUUUAGUUACAUUCCAUAGCAGUAGAUGUAUUUGAUUCUGUCAUUUAGUUAGUUGCCACCACGAUAAAUGUCACAUCGUUUAUUUCAUUUGGCAAGGCAUGAUCUAGACAUAUUGAAAAUAUUGCUAGUUAGCUUGCGUGUUAGCAACCAUCAUCAGCUAGGCUAGCUAGGUAAAUAAACUACAACGGGUCUUCUCUUACCCAUCCGGAUUUGCACACUCGCUGUCGCAACAUUUGUUCCAUAGUUGAAAUCAUCUUCAAUAGAAGACCUAGGGUAUUUUUCAGGUGUAGUCAUCUUGAUCCAGCUUUAAUUCAGACUAAAAUACUGUCUUGAUGUUUUCUGUUUUGGGGCCCUUGCACAGCUGUUCCGGUUGACGUGCGUAAGUUCACUCCACUUCCGGCUUGGUUUGUAAACGUUCGUCAUGUGACAUGGCUCGUGAUUUCUGUGAAACCUGCAAUAGCGCAACACACCACUAACUGUUGAUAAAGGGUCAUUUUUUUUCCAGGGAACUAUUAGAGCGGUUGAGUAGACAAUGCUCAACUUUAUGCCAAAAUUCAAAACAAAAACCCUAAUUAAAAGAGGUAUGUGUAUGUGUAUUAUACAUUUGGGGUCCCGAGUGGCGCAUCAGUCGUAAUGCACUGCAACUCAAUGCAAGAGGCGUCACAACAGUCCCUGGUUCGAUUCGAGGCUGUAUCACAUCCCAUAGGGCUGCGCACAAUUGACCCAGCGUCGUCCGGGUUUGGCCGGGGUAGGCCAUCAUUGUAAAUAAGAAUUUGUUCUUAACUGACUUGCCUAGUUAAAUAAAAGUUAAAUAAAUACAAAUACAAUUAGAUCAAUGGAGACACAAAAUAUUGAAAUGGCCAAACAUCUAUUCUAUUCUAUAUUUUUUUAUUCUCAAAAUGGAUGCAAAGGUGAAAUAACAUGAUCAAAUCCAAUUUCAAAUCAAAUGUAUUUAUAUAGCCCUUCUUACAUCAGCUGAUAUCUCAAAGUGCUGUACAGAAACCCAGCCUAAAACCCCAAACAGCAAGCAAAGCAGGUGUAGAAGCACGGUGGCUAGGAAAAACUCCCUAAAAAGGCCAAAACCUAGGAAGAAGCCUAGAGAGGAACCAGGCUAUGUGGGGUGGCCAGUCCUCUUCUGGCUGUGCUGGGUGGAGAUUAUAACAGAACAUGGCCAAGAUGUUCAAAUGUUCAUAAAUGACCAGCAUGGUCAAAUAAUAAUAUCUCAUGACAUACAUCGAAAUUGCUAUUAAGGUAACUCACCUGGAUUUCAGGUUAUUUCCAGACCAUAGUCCUCCCCAAUAAACUAUUUAACCUGUGCGGCUUUCUUUAGCCUAACAACAGAAAUCUACCAUUUUUGAUUGGCUUUUAAAAACAAGGAGGCGGUCCUGGAGAGCAUUGAUACCACAGUCUAUUACAAUUACUUUCAGUUAGGUUAUUUCCACAGCCAGGCAAAGGCAGACGGAUCUUUCCAUUCUCUAUUUUAUUUGAGGACGAAUCAUUCCGAAUUACACCAAAUAUGAAGUCUAUUCUGUCAAUCGUUGUACUUGGGCUCAUUUACAGCGCUGUGGAGGCCAAAGAAUCUCACCCCAAGGUGCAGGUGUACAGCCGUAACCCUGGCAACUUUGGCGAUAAGAACACCCUGAUCUGUCACGUGAGUGGCUUCCACCCCCCUGACAUCAGCAUCCAGCUCCUGAAGAACGGCGUGGAGAUCCCCGACGCCAAGCAGACAGACCUGGCCUUCGAACAGGGAUGGCAGUUCCACCUCACCAAGAGUGUUGGAUUCACACCAGCCAGCGGAGAGGAGUACACCUGCAGAGUCCGUCACCUGAAGAAUCUGAAGACCUACACCUGGGAGGCAGAUAUGUAAGGAUCUGGAGCAGGACAUAAUGGCGGCCAUUCCAUCUGUGGUUGUCUAAUCCGUGCCAGCCUUUCACUAGAGCUGAGAUGACAAACUGGGGCUUUUGUUUUUGUUUUUUUGGUACCACUUUGUUGCCAUGGUGCCAGUUUCAAGGGUUUUGAAUUGACAAUCAUUACUAAAACACUUACACACAAAAUUGUUACGAUUUUUUUGGGGGGGGGCAAGCUAUUUUUAAUUGACAAAUGGCACAGCUUCUGAUGAACAUCCUCAAAGUCACUUCUUUCAAAACAAUAAAGGCUUUUAUCAAGUAUUUUAUUUUUAGAUAAAAUUUAAAAAAAACUUUAAUUUCCUUGAAAUUGGUACCAUUAGAUUUGACCACUUUUUCUCAUAAAUAAACAAUAAAUAAACAAACUCCAUAACUUGCACUAUUUGACUGUGGUUUUAGCUAUAAGCAACAGUGUAAUAUAAAGAAUGAUAUUUGAUCAGCAUUUUAAUUUUUAAAGCCCAAAUUAUUUUCGAGGAAGCCCAUGUGAUAUGUAUUUGUGUGACCUGUAAAUAUCAACGUUCAUUUUUAGUUUUGAAGUCAUUUAUCAAUAUAACAUCUCAUCUUCUGUCUAUCCUUCAACAUUCCUGUAACGGACCCAAUUAUCAACAGUAAAACAAAAUGGGGUCUUUUUACAGGCACAUUUUUGCCAAGUAGAGAACUGUAUUUUCAUUACUUUAAAAAGAAGAAGAUAUAUUCUGUCUUUCCGGUGUAUUAUACAACACUUUUCUGUUCAGUUUGAUUAAAUAAAUAAAUGGUAAACUAUUGACAUUG